CUGACUUGGCCGAGCCUUCAAUAACAUGGUUGCCUAAAAGCUGGUGGUUUCUGCCACACAGUCUAAAAGAAAUUACCUAUAAGGCUGCCGCAGCUGCCAAUUGGACCAACAACAUUUAUAAAUGUGCAAACAUUGAAAGUCCGCCCACAAGGACCUAUUGGCAUGUUGGUCAACAUAUAGAGUCCAACCUGGUGCUGUAUCGACAGCAUCAGGUGUCACAACAGCAUGCCGCCCCUCGCCCAGGAACCGCGGCACCUGCUGGUGGUACUGAAUGCGCCGCGCCGGAAAGCGCUUUACAACCUGGUGCUGCAGAUCACAGCGUACAUGCGUACGCUGCUGGAGCUCCAUGACAGUCCCGAAAGCUCCCCGCCUCCGUUUCCUUCAAGAACAUCGAGUGCGACAUCAUCGCAGCUCAGUCCGCCCUCCUACUCCGAGAGGGACGCGCCGCUGUUCGUGCCCCGCUCCAACAGCGUUGCUGAAGCGGACGAGUCACCCGCGCCGCCUCAGCCUCCCAGGCGCGUGCCGCUAAGUCUAGCACUGAUCCGACUUCGAAAAGCUGCAUUGCUGCAUUUCGACUCAUGGAGGGCUGAGGUGCUCGGCAAGCUCAAAGAGGUCGUCGUUAGUCCCGAUGAUCAGAAGGUGAUCGAUGCCCGGCGCAAGCGGGCAGAGCUGCUCGCCAAGAAGAAGUCGUCGACGCCCGAUGAAGGAGAAGAUCUGAUGAGUUUCGGGGAUGAGGUGGCAAGCUCGCGAAUCAAGGUCGCUGUGGUCAAGGGACCGAUCACGAGUUUGGAGUCAUUCCAGCAUCUGUACCACCCCAUCCCAACUCGACUCACUACCAUCGCCUUGGAUGACCGUAAGGAGGUGCUGAGUGGCGUUAUGAUACUCCUGUUGGCGAUUGGGAACUACUCGGCCCACUCGAGGGCAAUGAUCUGCUACCUCGCAUCAGCCUUGGAAUUAUCUCCCCGGUUCCUCGAUAGCGAGGAGACGCAGAUUGCGACGACUAUGGUCGAGACUGCGCAAAAAGCGGAUGCCGAGAAGAGCAAUGAAAUGUCUGCUGAAGCCGAAGCCCAGAAGCGCAAGGAGCAGAACCAAACCAGUCGAUUUUGGAAGGUCGGGUUGGCGUCGGUUGCUGGCGCGGCAAUCAUUGGCGUCACCGGUGGAUUGGCUGCGCCUGUUGUAGCUGGUGCCAUCGGUGGUCUCAUGGGAUCCGUCGGCCUUGGAAGUCUUGCCUCUUUCUUGGGAAUCUUCUGGAUGAAUGGUGCGCUUGUCGGAACAAUAUUUGGCGCCUUCGGAGCCAAGAUGACGGGGGAGAUGAUCGACCAGUACGCUAAGGAGGUGGAGGAUUUCCGCUUCCUUCCUCUGAAAGAUGAGUGGGGCGAUGAGUGGAAGAAAGAUGGCCCAGAAGUGCGGCGACUGCGUGUAACCAUUGGUAUUAACGGCUGGCUAGCCGAGGAAGGAGAUGUUACCAAACCAUGGCGAGCCCUCGGGGACGAGACUGAGGUCUUUGCUUUGAGAUACGAGCUGAAGGCCCUGCUUUCCCUGGGUAACUCGUUAAGAGAGCUCGUAUCGUCUUAUGCAUGGAACGCCAUUAAAGUCGAAAUCCUCUCCAGGACAGUUCUCGCUACGUUGUGGGCGGCAUUGUGGCCUAUUCACCUGCUGGCUAUGGCGUCUAAUAUCGACAACCCGUUCAGCUUAGCCCGGAACCGAUCAGAGAAAGCCGGCAAAAUCCUCGCUGACGCGCUGAUUAACAAGGUGCAGGGCGAACGCCCCCGACGGGCAUUUGGGCUAGUGGAUACGGUGGUUCUUAUAGGAGCACCGGUACCAUCCAAUCCAGGACACUGGCAGAUGAUGCGAACGGUAGUCUCGGGCAAGCUAUUCAACGUCUACUCUAGCAACGACUACAUCCUUGCCUUCCUCUACAGAGCCACGAGCGCCCAGCUAGGCAUCACUGGCUUGCAAGCCAUCAGCGACGAUGUCGACGGUGUGGAAAACAUCGAUCUCAGCGCCGAAGUGACGGGCCAUUUGCGAUACCCCGAGCUGAUCCCCAAGAUUCUAACGCGGUGCGGCUUCUCUAACAUCAAUGGCGGCGAGGGUGAAAUCGAGAAGGAAGAUGACAUCCAACUGCGUAACGAAGAAGUGGAGCUGGGUAAUUUGAUUGAUAUCGAUGAGCCACCAAAGAAGAUAUUAGGCCCGUCGAAACACAGGCUGCAGGAAAUGGAAAACGAGAAGUUCGACGCUAGGGUCGCGGAAGAUCAUAAGGCGCGGGCUGUUAGUUCCGUCGCGCCUACGCCAUUGGCAAGCCCGCUACCGGAGGCGAAUGAUCCCUUGACUACGAGUGGUUCAAGGUCGACAUUGGGGGCGGCUAGGGGAAGGGCUGUGAAUGAAAGACUACCGCCAUAUUCUGGAUUAAAUACUACAGCACAGGAAUACCAUGCCGGUGGGGACAGCAGUGACGAGGAAGGGGGUAUAACGAUGAUUAAUAAUGAUAGUGACAUGGACGACAUGGUGGAGUAUAUGGAACCUUUGAGAGUCGAUGAUGAAUUGGACAGGGUAGCGUCCUGAGGAAUUUGUCGUCCAUGAUUGCAAAAUGUUAGUUUACUGAAAUAUAAGUCACCAGUACCAAUAUAUUGACACCACUAAGGGUGUUAUUUCAACGAG